GACACACGCUGUUGUGAUUGGAAAAUGAAGGAAGUAAUCUACUGGUCACCCAAGGAGGUUGCUGACUGGUUAACCAACAGAGGUCUACCGGAAUACUUGGAGACCUUCAAAUCCCUUAAUGGCCUAGGCUUGCUCAGGUUAAAAGAAGAUGACUUUGACAUGCCACCGCUGUCCCUUGUCUCUUCUGAUAAUGGAAGGCAACUUCUGGAGAUGAUAGAAACACUGAAAAUUGAGCAUCACAUAGAGGAACACAAGAAUGGACAUGCAAAUGGACAUAUUUACACCAAAACUGAGAUCAAUUCGAACGAUCAUGCUUUCACCAGCAAAGUCAAGAAGAAUGGGAUGCCAAAUGGAAUCCGUAAGGAAAUGAUAAAAAUUCCUAUGCCUGAGAUGGACCGUUCUCAGUCUUUUCCUGAUGAGUGGAUUAAAACGCUUGUAGCCUUUUUAUAUGCACUUUCCUGUUUUAUGUUCACCACAGUGAUGAUUUCUGUCGUCCAUGAACGUGUGCCUUCCAAGACAGAGGAAGGUCCCCUUCCGGAUGUAUUUUUUGACCAUUUUGACAGGGUUGCAUGGUCAUUCUCAAUUUGUGAGAUUAAUGGAAUGAUUCUAGUGGCACUCUGGAUUCUCCAGUGGUUAUUCCUAAAGUACAAAUCCAUAGUUUGCCGAAGAUUUUUUUGUAUAGUUGGUACUCUGUACUUGUAUCGAUGUAUAACUAUGUAUGUUACUACACUGCCAGUUCCUGGAAUGCAUUUCAACUGUUCUCCAAAGAUUUUUGGUAACUGGGAAGCCCAGUUCAGGAGAAUAAUGAAGUUGAUUGCAGGAGGAGGACUUUCUAUUACAGGAUCUCACACUAUGUGUGGGGACUAUCUGUACAGUGGCCACACAGUCAUGUUAACACUGACAUACAUGUUUAUUAAAGAGUAUUCAUCUCGGCGCAUCUGGUGGUAUCACUGGAUCUGCUGGUUUCUCAGCGUUGUUGGGGUCAUCUGUAUUCUGCUGGCACAUGACCACUAUACUGUGGAUGUUGUUGUUGCUUAUUACAUCACUUCCAGGUCUUUCUGGUGGUAUCACACGAUGGCCAACCAACAGGUGCUGAAAGACGCUUCCCCAUCAAAUCUCCUUUCACGGGUGUGGUGGUACAGACCUUUCCAGUACUUUGAGAGGAAUGUUCAUGGUGUUGUACCCCGUACCUAUCACUGGCCCUGGCCCAUUACUUGGUCUUGGUUUCUUACUAGGCAAGUGAAGUACAGUAGACUGGUCAAUGUGGCAUAGCUACAUGAUGCAAGCAGUGGACUCAGAAGCUCACUGAAGUGCUUAGAACUCAUGAGAUGUUGCCAUAAACGCAAACACCAACACCCCUCUGUAUGUUGUUACCUUGACUUAUUUCAGUUACCUGGUCAACACUGUGAUAAUUUUUUCUCCAAAGGACCCAUGUUGGAAGUACAUGAAAUCCAGGAAUUUAACUUAUCAUGCACUGUACAGUUUCCUGGACAUGUGGGAAGUACAUUACUCAUAGCCAUGCUUGUUUGUAUAUGAAGAAACCGAAUAGAACACUGAGAUUUUAUAACCUACAUUUGUCUUUUCCAGUAAUGUCUGGGAAUAAACCAAUUAUUUUCUUGGGAAAACAAUUUCAUACCACUUACCCUAAAUACUGGGCUCUAAGCCAUUUUCUAACCAGUGUCUCUAUGAAGGCUUUGUUUUACCUGAACAAAUGUAUGCUGCAGUCCCACAUAAUGGGAAGUGUAUCAACACUGGUUGAAGGUAGUUAUUUUUGUUGUUUUUUUUUUUAAUUAUAUUUUAAUCGUUUUCUUAUUUGAGCAUCUCAAGUGGAACUAAAUUUGAUAUGGUUUAAAAGGAAAACAAGGCUUUUUUUUUUUUUUUUUUUUUUUUGUUAAAGUAUUUUUUCCAGUGCUGUGGGACUGCAGCUGUGUAUUCUGCAGAUCUGUUGCACCAGUGCUUUUCAUUAAAAAUGAUACACAAAAAAUGGUUUAGUAAAUAUGAUUUUGUAACAGAAUCUUUAGCAGCAGUGUCAAAAAAAUAGAAAUUACACUCUAUUGUAAAGUGAUUUUUCUAAGUAUUUCCUACCUUUAUUUUUCAAACUAAUCUUGAUAAAGAUAUCGUAUAAAGAUUUUUACAUGUCGGAGAGAAGAUCUAAUACAGAGAGAUUUGUAAAUGUUUCUAGUGCCUUCCUUGUCUUGAUUGUAUGGUUAGUAGGCAGUCUUAAAUCAUUUUAAUUUUAAAUAAAGUAUUCCAUAAAACACUUGAAGAUGAAAAAGUAUAUAGAUAUAUAAUAUAUGGAAAUGUUAUUACAUAAUUUUGGCAUUCACAUUUAGAGGACACUUUAGCUCAGAUUUCUUUGUUUAACUUCACCGUAAACAAAAGUAGAAUAUUUAAAGCAAGUCAUAAAUUAAACAUUUUUCAUUUUUUUUUUUGUUUUAAUUUGUUUUAAACAUAAAUAAGAAGUAGCCAUUUCUUAGCAGUUACAAACAUUCAUUAUCCCAUGUUAAACCCCACUGCAGUUUAUUACCAUACCUCUGUUUAUAUUUGACACUCCUGUUAGUCAAUUUCUCUGUUUUAUUUGUGCUGAAAAUGUUUUAUGGUAUUUUCACACUAACCAUAUUUAAGAUGAAAAGUAUUUGAUCAUAUGAUUGCCAAUGUACAGGAUAUAGUAGUUUUUUUUAAGAAUGAAGAAAUAUAUCUAUAACUGAUAUAUAUUCGCAUAUAUAUAU